CUUCUAUUCGGCACCAUGGUGGUCUCCAUCUACCUCGAGAAAGCCCACAUGUUCCGCUACCUCGGCCGGCUUCUCUCCUGGAAAUCCUUCGGCGGCCGUGACCUUCUCGUCCGCGUAUGCCUCAUCUCCGCCCUCGCGAGCGCCCUCUUCACCAACGACACUACCUGCAUUGUUCUCACCGAAUUCGUUCUCAAGUUCACGAAGCAGCAUAACCUCCCUCCAUUACCUUUUCUUCUGGCUCUCGCCUCCAGCGCCAAUAUUGGGUCCUCGGCCACGCCCAUCGGCAAUCCGCAGAAUCUCGUCAUCGCCAUCCAGAGCAAGAUUCACUUCGGCAAAUUCCUCCUCGGCAUACUUCCGGCGAUGCUUGUAGGUAUCGUCGUCAACACAGUUAUCAUCCUUUGCAUGUUCUGGCGAAGCUUGUCAUCCCCAAGCAAGGACGUGGAAUCAUUGAAGCCUUCUCCAACGCCGCCAGCGGAGGCGGCGGCAGAGAUGUCUUCACACAAAUUCUCGCCGGCGAAAAUGUCUCACAUGUCGACACCGGAGGUGGUGGAUGAUGGAGAAGGCUCGCAUAGGUUUUCGCCUGCGAUGAUGUCGCACCCGCCGGUGGAGUUGGGGCCGGAGGGCAGCAUGAUUGGCGACGUGGAGAAAGCGGGCAAAUUGGGAGCGGUGCCGGCUGUAAUUGAUGAGGUGGUGGAGGAGAAGGAGAGGAAGGGGAGGAAGAGGGCGUUGUUUUUGAAGGGGAGUGUCUAUGUGGUGACCGUUGGAAUGUUGGCGGCGUUAUUGUCGGGCUUGGAUAUGUCCUGGACGGCGAUUACGGCGGCCAUUUUGCUGGUCGUGAUUGAUUUCAGAGAUGCUGGGCCUUGCUUGGAGAAGGUGUCGUAUUCCUUGCUUAUAUUCUUCUGUGGGAUGUUCAUCACUGUGGAUGGGUUCAACAAAACUGGCAUACCGAGUGCUUUUUGGGAUCUAAUGGAGCCUUCAGCCAGGGUUAAUCGAGCAAGUGGAGUUGCUUUGCUCUCCAUUGUCAUUCUUCUUCUCUCAAACUUUGCAUCCAAUGUCCCCACUGUUCUCUUGCUGGGAGCUCAGGUGGCCAAAUCAGCUGCAGCAGUUUCUGCAUCAGAUGUAGACAAGGCUUGGCUUAUACUUGCUUGGGUGAGCACUGUAGCUGGAAAUUUCUCUCUACUGGGCUCAGCUGCCAAUUUGAUCGUCUGCGAACAGGCUCGACGGUCCGAACAACACGGAUACAAUCUCACAUUUUGGAAGCACCUUUAUUUCGGGCUCCCGUCGACGCUCAUCGUCACCGCCAUCGGCCUCCCUCUCAUUAGAGGAUAGAUUUUUCAUUAGAAGAUAUCAUGCAGUUGUGUUAUAUAUGUAGCUUGUUAGC